AUGAAUCCUCCUUCCUUGGCUGUUCUAAAUCUUCACCUUCUGAUUUCCCUGGCAGUCGUCUGCUCCGGAACACUGAGAGAUGUUGUUUUUGUUCUGGACAAAUCAGGAAGUGUCCAGCAGGACGAUUUCGAUGAAGCAGUAGACUUUGUUUACAAUGUGACAAAAUGGCUGACUAUUGGACCGUCUAACAUCCAAGUGUCUGCAGUUACUUUUUCCACAAAUGUCCAGACAAACUUUGACUUGAGCGCCCACUCAACCAACACAAGUUUACUGGACGCUAUUUCUAAUUUGAAGUCUGUGUCCACAGGUGGGGGAACGUACACAUUUGACGCCCUCAACCACGUUAGGACAAAUGUCCUUACGUCUUCAGGAGGUGCUCGCUCGGGGGUUCCUAAAGCAGUGGUGGUGCUGACAGACGGAUUGUCCGCCAAUAGUCUUCUGACAAAAGAAAGGGCAGCGGAACUCCACGCCGACAAUGUGGAGGUGUACGCUAUUGGAAUUGGUAAUGCCGCGGCUUCUACAAACACUGAGUUAUCAGACAUUGCUAGCGAUCCCGACUCCGAGUAUCUACAAACCGUGGACAUGUUCCAGUACCUCUGUGCUCUAGUUCCAGAGCUUGUCCCAAAGUUAGACAACGAUACCCUGAAUUCGGAUUUUUUCCGCUGUCCCACCCCUGCUCCCACCACUCCAAGAACUUUAACGUUCCUAAAUAAAACCAGUGGCAGUGGAGAUUCCACGUCAACUGAUGGCGGCUCAUCAGCCGCAGGAGCUGUCGGAGGCGCGGUGGGCGCCGUGGCUGGAGUGGGAAUAGCGGCAGCGGCUGCAUACGGGGCCGUGCAGUACGCAAACUUACUGAGGAAUAAGGCCUUAACUGUGGAGUCCAUAGUAUCACAAUAUAAAGAAGCACCCCUUGGUCAGAGUAACUCCAAAUUCCGUCCUGUCGAAUUUCAGAACACUGAAACCUUCAAUAUUAACAGUUAUGAUGUUAUAAUACCCUCAGCACCACCUUUGACCACCGUAUAA